UCACAGCACAGUCGCGCGCGCCGCAGUGCCUUUGCCACGCGAAAUCCGCCGCCGCCGUCGCCGCCGACUUCAGUACCGUUAUCGCCGCCGCCGGACGCAGUCGUGGUCGCAGUGUGAGCGCCGCAGCGCCGUGUCCCCUCGACUGCGUACACGCGUACUCCGAUAUUAUAAUCGCACGACAUAAUAAUAGUAUACGACAAAAUCACAGUUCGAAUUACGAUAUUAUAAUAUAGUUGCCGACCUCACGACGACAAUAAUAUUAUUAUUAUUAUUAUUAUUAUUAUGAAAUGCUCUCGGCCAACAGCAUCACGUCAUUCGUCACCGCUCUCAUCUGCACCCUGUCCUGCAUAGCCGACGCCAACGCCGGUAUCGAUUGCUUCAAGUGCGUUUCACUGGAAUGGCAGAACCGUGCGUGCGACGAUCCGUUCCACAACAAUUUCAGCUCGGGACUUUUGGAGUCGCCGUGCAUGGGUGGGCGGAAAGGCCGCAACGGUUUGUUUCCGGCUACAGCGUGCAUCAAGCUCACCGGUUACUACAAAAGUACCGGACAGCACGUUACAGUUAGAGGAUGUGCAUUGGAUAGCGGCACCUUGACCACAGACACAGAAAUUAUUCGGAUGUCGCAUUGCGGAGGAUUCUAUUUCGAUGACAAGUACGUCGACGGCUGUUUGCAGAGUUGUGACGACGCGGACGGUUGCAACCCCGCAUCGCCGCCCAAGUCUCUGGACAUGACGCUGCUGAUGAUGUUGGUCGUGAUGCCGCUCGUCGUCCGUUUCAUGCCGCACGAAUGGGCGCCGGACGCGUGACGACUGCUCGUGCGCCAACCCAAUACCGCAUAGGUGUAUAUUUUUUUUUGGAAAAAAAAAACAUUCGUUCGAGGUCAUUCUGGCGCGUUUUCUAGCGACGAGACCGAGGGCAAACACGCGACGAUCAAUUAAACGGGGUGCCUUGUACAUAAUAUACGUAUACGAUGCAAUGACAUAACGCCGCCAUGAACAUCAAAUUUCCACCCCCUCCCCACCAACCGCCCACGAAAACCCGUACGAUACAAUAUCCCGUCAUUAUACUGCCUCCCUUCACUGACCAAA